GGUCCCCGAAGACGUCGAGGCCAAAGAGGAGCCCGAGGGAGAGGUAGAGAGCGAGGUGGGGGAAGAAGAGAGCGAGUCGGAGGAAGACAGUGGGUCGGAAGAAGAGAGCGAGACUGAAGAAGACAGUGAGGAUGAGAGUGAUGAGGAGAGUGAAGAAGACAGCGAGGAAGAGAUGGAGGAUGAGCAGGAAAGUGAGGCGGAGGAAGACAACCAAGAAGGAGAGUCUGAGGCAGAAGGGGAAACUGAGGCAGAAAGCGAAUUUGACCCCGAAAUAGAGAUGGAAGCGGAGCGAGUGGCCAAGAGGAAGUGUCCGGACCAUGGGCUGGAUUUGAGCACCUAUUGCCAGGAAGACAGGCAGCUCAUCUGUGUCCUGUGUCCAGUCAUUGGGGCUCACCGGGGCCACCAGCUGUCCACGCUAGAUGAGGCCUUCGAAGAACUGAGAAGCAAAGAUUCGGGUGGACUGAAGGCAGCUAUGAUAGAGUUGGUGGAAAGGUUAAAGUUCAAGAGCUCGGACCCUAAAGUAACUCGAGACCAGAUGAAGGUAUUCAUACAACAAGAAUUUAAGAAAGUUCAGAAAGUGAUUGCUGAUGAGGAGCAGAAGGCCCUUCAUUUAGUGGACAUCCAAGAAGCAAUGGCCACAGCUCAUGUGACUGAGAUACUGGCGGACAUCCAAUCUCACAUGGAUAGGUUGAUGACUCAGAUGGCCCAGGCCAAGGAACAACUUGAUACCUCUAAUGAAUCAGCUGAGCCAAAGGCAGAGGGUGAUGAAGAAGGACCUAGUGGUGCCAGUGAAGAAGAGGACACAUGAAGACUCAACAUUCCCCGAGGAAAACACCCCUUCCCCGUGUGUAUGUGACAGCGUGUGUGUAAUGGCUUCUGAUAUCUGUGAAAGCUGCCUGGCAACAAACUUCUUCCACUGGAUAUGUCCCCAGGUCCACAGCAGACAGACAUCUCCAAGGGACAACAAGUUUUAUGCAUACUGACUGUGUGCUUCUUGUUCUCGUGUGGUAGGUCACAGGAAGAGCCCCUUUGAUCAGCUUGGAGGCUCUUCAGGCAACUCCCCAAAGGCCGCUUUGAACUGACUUACUCAGGAAAGCCAGCCCCUGGAAUAUUGUGCAAGUCAACAAUAUCUCUUCAAUCAUUAGGAAGGUUCUAGAUUAUCUUGAAAGGAUACCUACAAACAGAAAACUCACUUUGUUUGUACUGAAGCUUAAAGCAAAUGUGGCCAAGCAAUGCCACACAGACUCAUUAGACUGUCUCUCAUAGUUCAGUUCCACCUUUGUGAAAGACAUUAGGGCAGCUGCGUGGAAAAUGGGCUUGAAGGAAGAGUCCAGAGCUAGAAAGAAGAUAUUUUUAGUAUGUGAGGUUAUCUAGGACGUCAGAUUCAUAAUUCAGUGCUGUGGAAAUGGAAAAAGUGAUUGAAGAGGUAGGAAGGAAAUGACUUUAAGGAGUGUAGAGGGGAAAGGAGCAAAGAAAUCUGAUUAAAAGUUGAAAUCAGUGUUUCAGAAUUCAGAUUGCCCAAAUUUUCCAAACUGGUCACUAAAGCAUCUGAUAAAAUCUGGAUUCUUGGGCUAGCUGUGUGGAUUAAUAGGCCUGCCACAACAUAGAAGGCUGGCAUGUAUAUUGCCAGGUGGGAAUUUACCAGGUCCACCCCCAAGUUAGCCUACGGUGGCUUCAGUGCACUGUGAGGAGAAUCCUUGCCACUCACUUGCUGACUGGAUUCAGGUCCAUCUGCCAGCAAACAUUCCCUCUACUUACUAUAAUUGGAAUCCUCCCUGCCCCCGAAGCAGCCCUUCACUCCACCUCCCACACCCUGGCUCUGCCCUCCUGUGUAGCAUGAGCAGGCAUGCCCCAGAGCUGAAUUUCCUGGCCUUCUCCCAUUCCUAGGUCAUAUUCCUUACAACCACACUUUUCAGUGUCAAGGAAGCAGUGAUGUGCUGGUAGAUACCCAAACACAAGCUCAUUCGUGUGCACCACAUCUUCUUAAGACAUGAGUUUUUCUUACCAAAUGAUUUGAAGUCAGGGGAUAACCUUAUUUUUUAACAGAACAAUCAGUUAUGUUAGAGAAGAUAAUGUUCAUGCACUUAAACUGUAAAGAUAAAAUAGGAGACUUGGAAGGUAACUCUUGUUUGCAAGUGGGCAGUGUGUUCCUUCUCCUGCUUGUGUGGUAUUCCCAUGUUCACAUUGAGAUUCUGUCUGAACUGUAUCCAAGCAGCCUUGGGGUUGCUAUUGACCCAGGUCUAGACUUCCAUUGUCUCUGAGGCAGAUCCAAGGAGUCUGCCUUGGGGGAAAUCCCCCUUUUCCUGCUUGCCUGCUUGUCUGUAACCUGUGUACUUAGCACAAAGCUCUAGGGGCAGCUAAUGUGUGUGUACAGGAUAGUUCUGAGGCAGAAACAACAUGUGCUUACUGUAGAAGACCUAGUUAUGUCAUUAUUCAAUCCUGUGCAUGCUGUACAAUGAUUAUUCCUUUGAGGCCAGGAACCUGCCAAGCCUAAAUGUUGUAGGUUAGGAUUACCCUAGCUCACUACACAUACAAGGAUAUCAGGGCAGAGAUGAGUUUAAGACACAUACAUACAUACAUACAUACAUACAUACAUACAUACAUACAUACAUACAUACAUACUCCCAAAUUCGUGGCUAGUCGAUAGAUGGCUUAGACAAUUUUGAUGCUUUGCCAUCUGUCUGCAAAGACUGGAGAAUUUAAUACACCCUGAGUUAAUAAACUCCAAUGAUAUCCUGUUUUUUAAAAAAUUCUAAAAGGACCAAAACCAUUCUAGAAAGAAUGUAGAAAAUCAGAAGAUUGAAAAGACUUCAGAAUUUGGAAGCUUGUAUUGUCUUUCCCUAGUAAUCAUUGUUUGAUCUUUAUGUGUUGACCUUGUAUUACCAAUGGGUAGAUCAUUGACUUUCCACACCUAAUCAUGCUAUUACUUUAUAUCAGUAUUUGGGGAAUCCAAGCAUUUAUGUAGUGGUUAUAAACAGAAAUAUAAAAAUAUUUGCCAACCUGUCUCUAUAGAUUAUCAUCUUUCUGGGAUCCUCAAGGAAAGUAUUUCCCCUUUACUUAGAAAGGGUUUGGAUUUGCUUUAUGGCCUCCUGCACCUGAUAAAACUUUAACCAGGAAAGCAUUAACACAGCACAGCAGCUCUGCAGACCCCUCAGGUCCUGUGGCAGUGCUUAUUAGGGUGCUUUUUCUGCCGUGGUGCCAACUUCUUCCUCAGAGCUAGGACUACUGCUUGGCUUUGGGCCCCAUCAUCAGGAAGCUUUUUGCCUUCAAGGUCAUUGUGAGUUAGAGUUGUGUGUGUCCUGACUGACUGUGGACAGCAGGAAGAAAUCAGGGACACAGGUAAAGAAUGUCUCCGGAAAUGAGUUGGGUACCCACAGCAAGUCCCAGCAGCCUUCUGAAUGUUGAUUUGUUCUUUGAUUUGAUACCACUAUAUCCAGGACAGUUCCAAGAAGUGUUUGACUUCUAGCUCUGACAGCCAGGAAAAGGAAGUAACCUGAGGACAGUCUAGGAGCCAGGCUCUCUGUAGAUAUGCCCAAGGACAAGUCACUUGUCUGUAGUUGCUAGAAAACACUGGAAGCAGUUUUGAACACUUCUCUCCCUGAUCUGCAGUCAGCCCUCUGCCCCAUACAUGACUCACCUACAGAUUCAGAGCAGAAAGAGGCUUUCAGUUCCCUCAGUAUAGUAUGUCCAUUCACAUUAUAAAGUAUUUUUCAAAGACCUCAAGAUGGCCUUAUUCCUCUGCUUUAGUAGAUGUCGUAAGUACCCAUUGUUAACUUGAGCUUCCUUCCAGAAGCUGGGGACCUUUUCUUUUCAGUGCCAUCCCCACAAAAGAAAAAAAAAGGGGGGGGGUGUUUGGCCUUCAAGAGUGUAUAAAGUUUUCAGACAUAAUGAAGGUGACAGUAGCCUCAAUAUCUCCUGCUUCAUUGUUGUAGAAAAGCAAGUCCUUAUGUUUUAGUAAAUCCAGCUACAAUGUUUUGUGCUCUGUGAAAAGGUGCCAAUUCAAAUCACUGACUUUGGACUCCCUUCCUGGUGUGUGUGUGUGUGUGUGUGUGUGUGUGUAAAUGAGAGUGAGAUUUAUACAUGCAUGCACAUACUGUACAUUUAAUUAUUUAAGAGUUGAUUCACAACAACCCCAGUGAUCUUACAUACCACCACAAAGGUUUCGUCUAACUCCACACAAUGUCAACAGAUAAUUGGAGUGUGGGUUCCAGAAUAGUUUGUAGUGGUAGGUAUCAACUUUUAAAGCACUGAGCCAAGGUGACAGCCAGGAAGAAAAUUGCACCCCAACCCCCUUCCACCAUGUCUAAUAACAUGGGAAAUUUAGAUGCUCUAUCAUUUUGGUGACUUGGAUCAUUUUGGUCACUCCAUUUGGGCCUGAGUGUACAGCUGCAGAAUUUAUAACCUUGUAUUAGUCAGAGGUCUAGGAAGUCCUAUCACCCCACAGAGAAAAUGUCCUGCUGAUUUCCUUAACAUUCUGCUUUCAUAUAACAGUGUUCAGUACUUGCUUUUCAGUAAAUUGGUUGCAUGUUUACUGGGGGUUGAGCACAUCUAGAUUUUUGUUUUGUUUUUUAAAGACAAAAAUCCCAAUCUAAAUCAAGUCCAGCCCUGCCCUAAGGGAACAGGCCCCAUGGGGAGACUGCAGAUCUCACUGACCCUGCCUUCACCCAGCAGUGUUUCUGAGGCUCCCACCCCAAGGAACUCCAAGAGCUGCAGGAACUGGGUAUUCCCCAGGAAAACAGGAGAUCAUUUGGAUCACUUGGCCUUAACAUGACCAUGUGAGGUUGAGAACAUAUCAGAAACACCAGAAAAGGGGCAAGAGAAGGAAAGUCGAAACAAAUGAAGACAUUUGGAGGUGCACUGGUGGAGAAACAGCCCGAGUCCAUGCUGGACUUGACGUGACUUUGAGGGACCACUGAUGUAUACUUUAUGGAAGUUAAACCUGACCAGUCUUUUACAGUGACAGGCCACAAUGUGUGAGUGGGUAGAACCAACGAAUCCAUUGUCUUCUGCCUGUUUUCGUGUACACAGUCACAUUCCCUUCUUAGUCAUCUACCCCUUCCACCCUUUACACUAAACAAGGGAACACUCAAUCUUUCAAGGGAAUUACAUAUCUGAGUUAAUGUUUCAGUAUAUCAUUUUCAUACUGUAAAUUAUUUUGUAAGAGAGAUUUACUGCUAUCCCAGGAUGUUCGGACUUGGCGCCCCUGUGCAUUUGGAAAUCAAUAAACUAUUACUGGAAAUACCA